AUGUCUGGAAAGGGUAAAGGUGGUGCUGAAGGUAGUGCUGAUUUCUACAGUUCUUGCCAAAUAGACUCUGAGUUUCGCUACAGCCUCUUCACUGUUUUCUACAGCAUCAUCUUCAUUCUGGGCUUUGUUGCCAACUGCUAUGUGCUCUGGGUUUUCUGCCGUAUAUACCCCACCAAGAAACUCAACGAAAUCAAGAUUUUUAUGGUGAACCUGACAGUAGCUGACCUGCUCUUCCUGGUUACGAUGCCAAUGUGGAUUGUUUACUAUCACCACCAUGGAGACUGGAUCAUGCCCAACUUCCUCUGUAAUGUGGCUGGCUGGUUAUUUUUUGUUAACACCUACUCUUCUGUUGCCUUUCUAAUGGUCAUCACAUACAACCGUUACCAAGCUGUGACUAAUCCCAUCAAGGCUGCCCAGUUCACCACCCAGAGGAGGGGGAUCUACUUGUCCGCAGCCAUCUGGAUCAUAAUAGUGGGCAGCAGUCUGUAUUACCUUUUUGAUAAUAAUACCAAUCGGGAGGAGAUCGGUUCGAAGAAUUUCACGCGGUGCUUUGAGCACUACGACACUUCUAGCAACGUUUCAGCUGUUCUCGCCAUUCAUGUCAUCAUCUGCAUCCUCUUCUAUAUCAUUUUCCUUUUUAUACUAGUCUGGAACAUCGUCAUUAUCAGGACCUUGUUCUCCAAAGCAGCGCAGCAACGCAAGAGUGCUCAUGUCAAGCAAAGGGCGCUCUGGAUGGUUUGCGCGGUGCUGGCUGUGUUCAUCAUAAGCUUUGUACCUCAUCACAUAGUGCACCUGCCCUGGACCCUCACUGUUCUGGAGCAGUGGAAGAAGGAGGACUGCCAGUUGCGCCAACGACUCAACGAUGCUCACCAGGUGACCCUGUGCCUCUUGAGUAUGAACUGUAUGUUGGACCCUGUCAUCUACUGCUUCCUCACCAAAAAGUUCCAGAGGCAUCUUUCAGAAAACCUGAAAAGCAUGAAAGGGAGUCGCAAGUGCUCCAGGCAAACCACAGACACAGUGAUCGAGGGAGUCCUUCACCAAGAGGACGCCAUCAAGACCUAG